AUGGACACAAAAGAUUUCAUACAACAGAGGCUAGAAUCUCUAAAUAAUAUUGACUCUAAGGUUGUUAAAUUGUUAGAUUGUAUAAGCGUGUUGUUCGAUACAUAUGUGGAACCAAGCAGGCAGAAUGAUGCAGAGAAUAUUCUGGUGAAAGAUCAGUUCAAACGAGAAGUCAAUGAGGUGUAUGGACUCCUCAGUACCCUUGCUAUAGAGCUCCGGAAAGAGGUAAAAAUAGUGGAUGACAAUAUUGGUGUCUAUGAUAAGAACGAGGACUCAGUGAUGAUUCUUCCAAUUAAUGUUGAUCACAAGAAUACAGUCUUAGGAAAAGUCAAACUAGAGGAGGAAUUAAUGAAAUUGACAACUAAUUACUGA